AUGGAGGAGCAGCUGGACUUCUCCAUGUUCAAUGAGAUGUGUAGUGUUGCAAUAAGACUUUGUGGUGCUAGAAACAGCAUUUCACCAGCGGUAGAGCAGGAGCUUAAGGUUAAAUCAGUGGAGAAGGAAGAUUCCUGUGACUCUGAGUUUUUAGAGUGUUCCAAGAAAUCAAGAUGUGAAAAGAGGCAGGAAUAUUCUGUUCAAAAAAGACUGGUUGUUAUAUAUUUGGGAAGGACACCAGAAGAUGCGUAUAGAACAUUAAUCUUCAGAGAUACAGCCUAUAUUCCUGUCAGAGAUGCUGCCUACGGAAGCUGCAGUUUCUACAUUACACUUCUUGACUUUUUUCAAGCAGUAAAGAAGGCAAUGCAGUGUGGCUUCUUUAAUUUCAACUCAUUUAACCUUGACGAAUAUGAAAACUAUGAAACAGAAAAUAGAGAUUUCAACUGGAUAAUACCAGAGCGGUUUCUUGACUUCUGUAGGCCGCAUUCAAGAUCCAGGCUGGAAAGUGGUUACCACCAACAUUCUCUGGAGACUUAUAUUCCAUAUUUUAAGAGUCACAGCGUAACUACCAUUAUUCGUCUGAAUAAGAGAAUGUAUGAUGCUAAGCGCUUUACAGAUACUGGAUUUGAUCACCACCAUCUUUUCUUUCCCGAUGGCAGCACCCCUGCUGAGACCAUUGUCCUAGAAUUUAUGGAUAUUUGUGAAAGUGUCGAGGGUGCCAUUGCAGUGCAUUGCAAACCUGGCCUUGGUUGGACAGAUACUCUGAUAGGCUGCUACCUCAUGAAGCAUUACAGGAUGACAGCAGCCAAGAGCAUUGCCUGGCUCAGAAUCUGUAGACCUGGCUUAGUGAUUGGGCCCCAGCAACAGUUUCUGGUCAUGAAACAAUCAGUCCUCUGGCUAGAAGGCGACUAUUUCCGUCAAAAGUUAAGAGGGCAGGAGAAUGGACCCCUCAGAGAAGCCUUCUCCAAAUACCUUUUGGAUGUUGAUGAUGUUUCGAUAAAUGGGCUUGAGAAUCAAGACAAUGAAGAGCCUGAGCCGUAUAAUGAUGAUGAUAAAGUCAGUGGAGUGACACAAGGAGACAAACUUCACGCCCUGAAAAGCCAGAGACAACCGAAAGCCAGCGCUAUCCCCCUUACAGUAAUUCUUCAGUCCAAUGUUCAGAGCUGUAAAACCCCUGAACCUAACCUUUCUGGCAGUGCAGGCAUUACUAAACGAACCACCCGAUCUGCUUUGGAGAAAAGCAAUCUUAAAAGUCCAGCCAUUUCAAGGACUAAGACAGUCUUACGUUAA